UCUUGCAGCUGCCUGCUGCUUAUAGCCCUAGCAAGGUGCAGGUGCAGGUAGCUGGAUUAUUGGUCUCGGUUGGGAGGUGUGGAGCCAGAGAGAGAGGAAGAGGAGGAGGCGGCGUCCGUCCAUGUCGAGCUCGAGCCCCAUGCACGUCCGCAAGGCGAUGCACCUGGCGUCCCUGCGCGCCAGGCUCGCGCAGGGGAAGGGCGGCCUCGCGCUGCGCCUCCUCCUCGCCGCGGCGCUCGCCGGCUUCCUCCUCGUCUUCGCCGCGCGCUCGCUCUCCUCCCCGCCGCCGUCGCCGGCAGCGUCCCGGCGGGAGGAGUGCGGCGGCGACAAGGCGGGGAAGGGGCUGCCGCUGGCGGUGGCGGAGGCGCUGGUGCACUACACGACCUCCAACACGACGCCGCAGCAGACCGCCGACGAGAUCGGGGUGUCGCUCCGGGUGCUGCAGCGCCGGGCGCCCUGCAACUUCCUCGUCUUCGGGCUCGGGUUCGACAGCCCCAUGUGGGCGGCGCUCAACCACGGCGGCCGGACGGUGUUCCUGGAGGAGGACGCGUCGUGGAUCGCCGACGUCCGCUCCAAGCACCCGUCCCUCGAGUCCUACCACGUCGCCUACGACACCGUCCUCACCGACGCCGACGCGCUCCUCGAGCUCCGCCAGCACCCGGCCUGCGUCGCGCAGCCGGACCUCGCCUCCGCCGCCGGGGCCUCCUGCCGCCUCGCCCUGCGCGGCCUGCCGCCCGUGUUCCACGAGCUCGAGUGGGACCUCAUCAUGGUGGACGCGCCGACGGGGUGGACGCCGCAGUCCCCCGGCCGGAUGGGCGCCAUCUACACCGCCGGCAUGGCGGCGCGCGCGCGGCGGCCCGGCGACGGCCCCACCGACGUGUUCGUGCACGACGUCGACCGCCCCGUCGAGGACGCCUUCUCUAGGGCCUUCCUCUGCGAGGGCUACCUCGCCGAGCAGGUCGGCCGGAUCAGGCACUUCGUCAUCCCGUCGCACCGGGAGAAGGACGGCACGCCAUUCUGCCCUUGAGGCCUGAGCGCUCUAUCCACCACUCGCCCUCGAUCUACCAGGAUCUCGUGCCCUCUCAUCAAGGCACUCUGCUUUUCGGCGUUGCCUUUUGCUUUGAUGGUUAAUCGCUUUGCAACACAGCAUGAUGAGGAUAACACAACACCACCGUACCCAUCCGGAAUUCCUUCUUCAUUCUUUCUGUACUACUGCUGCUGCUACUAGUGUACCUAUUACUGCUACAAAAAUGUUUCAUGAUAGUAGAAUUUUGGGGGUCACACACUACUCACACCCUUUUGGAACCAGGAGGCAACGGCGCUGGAUCUUGUGCAUUUUUCCUUAAUUUUGUUCUUCUUUUCUUCUCUCUCUGUUUGGAUCCGACUGGGUCGGAUCAAACGGUGCGGUGCACCUUAGUCACACGCACUAUGCAAGAUGGUGGCGGAUAAGAGCUGAAACUUAUGAGAUGUAGGCAUGGGCAAACUAUUGUUGUUGGAUGAUGAUGGAUUUUGCCUCAA